AAAAGAAAAAUCUUUGACAGUCGAUUGCUUCGCGACUUCGCUUUUUCUUCUCCAACUACUGAUUUGGGGAUUCUCUCUCUCUAGAGAAGCAGCGUCGCCGCCGCGCCCUUUCUCUCUCUACCAAUCGCCCAACUUCACCGGUAAGCCCUUCCCAAUCUCAUCUCCCCUGAUAGGGUUCGCAACAUCUAUCCACAGUUUUCACGGUUUUUGUAUCAUCUCUUCGUUUCUAUUCAUUUUCUAGGGUUUCCCUCUUGAUUCCCUAGCUUCAUAGCAUAAAAAAAAAGAGAAGAUUUUUGACUAGUUACACGCUUUUUUCAUGUUUGAUUUUCGUAUUUGUUGUCAGAUCUGUGCUUGAUUGGAUUUGGGGGGUCGAAUUGUGGUAUUUGACUUUAGGGUUUUUUAAAAAAUAAGCCAUAAAUUGUCUUGGGUUUGAUUGGGCGAUUUCAGGGUUAGGGUUUUAUUGGAUAGGAAAAUUUAGGGUUUUAUAUAUAUGGCGGCAGGAAGACACGGGGGUUAUCGUGAUAAUGAAUUCAGGGACCGUGAGAGGGAUUUGUCUUAUUCCAAUGGUGAGUAUGAUAGGAUUAGAAACAGUGAUCGUAACCGGGGGAUAAGGGAUAGAGCUAGGGUUAGACAGAAGGAUGUUAAGGAGAGGGAAGUAAGUAAUGGUGGGUACCGCUCUGCUUCAAGUAGGAGUGAUUCUGGUAGCAGCAGCGGUGGUUCAAAGCCGUGUCAAUUUCCUGUAACAGUGGCGGAUCGAGAGCCGGGUGAAUUGUCAAGUGAAAGUGGGUCUGAUGAGGCUAUUGAUUCGGGAUCUCAAGUUAAGCAGUUCGAGGCUUCAACGUUAGAGAAUGGGGUUCGGCCGCCUGUGGAGAGUAAGAAGAGGAAGUUUUCGCCAAUUGUUUGGGAUAGAGAUGAAAAGGAAUCGAGUAAUACAUCUAGGAGUAGAGUUACCCCAGCUGCUACUAGUCUCCCUCCUCCGCCACCACUUCCUAAGUCCUAUCGUCAGUCACCUAACAUUAUUCCAGAUGGCGGUGUACGAAUUUCUCCCCUAAAAGAGAGUAGCCUUCAGAGCUCAGAACCUUCACCAGAUAAGCUUCCUGUGGAGCUUGGAUUACAUGUGUCUGCUGUAUCUGAGUCUUCAGUGGAUUUAUCUUCUUCUCCACCUCAGGAGCAGCGACGGGGUAACUAUCAGGAAACAGAACAACUAGAAGAUGAAGACUACAUUCCGACAAGGCAUAUAUCAGCUUCUCGAUGGGCUGGUGAUGCCAAUUCCUCAGCCGAUGAAGGUGAAAUUUCUGAUGAUGAAGAAAUGCCAAAAAGGAGGAAGAAAAUGCCUCCUUCUGAGUCAAUUGAAAGGAGGGUACAAAGUAAUUCGUUAACUCCUGAGCCCGGGGAACUUAAGAGAGAAGCCUCUGAAGGAACUAGGGCAAGGUCAUCUGAAUCUGAUGAAGGAGGUUACCGUGGUAGGUCUUCCAGUAGAGAUGAUAACCCUGUAGAUGAUUCUGACAAGAAUGAUUACAUGGAAAUAGAUGAGGAACACAAUAGAAAUGGCUCUAGUGUUAGCCAGUCAGAUACAGAAUCAGUGGAUGACCAUGAUUCUCAUGGCACACCAGAGCCUGUGGGCCCACCACAAAGAACUGUAAACAUGCUUCAGGGGUGUAGAAGUGUUGAUGAGUUUGAGAGACUGAAUAAGAUAGACGAAGGAACUUAUGGGGUCGUUUACAGAGCCAAAGAUAAGAAAACUGGAGAAAUUGUUGCACUGAAGAAGGUUAAGAUGGAAAAAGAAAGAGAAGGUUUUCCUUUGACUUCACUGCGGGAAAUAAACAUUCUUCUUUCUUUUCAUCACCCAUCAAUUGUGGAUGUCAAAGAAGUGGUGGUGGGAAGCAGUCUUGAUAGUGUCUUUAUGGUAAUGGAAUACAUGGAACAUGAUCUUAAAGGAUUGAUGGAGGCAAUGAAGCAGCCAUUUAGUCAGAGUGAAGUUAAAUGUCUAAUGAUUCAACUAUUGGCAGGUGUCAAGUAUCUUCAUGACAACUGGGUGCUUCACCGGGAUUUGAAGACAUCAAAUCUGCUUUUUAAUAAUCAGGGUGAGUUGAAAAUCUGUGACUUUGGGUUGUCUCGUCAAUAUGGCAGCCCAUUGAAGCCAUAUACUCAUUUGGUAGUGACCUUGUGGUACAGGGCACCUGAGCUUUUGUUGGGAGCAAAGCAGUAUUCUACAGCAAUUGACAUGUGGUCAUUGGGUUGUAUAAUGGCUGAACUAUUAGCAAAAGGGCCAUUGUUUAAUGGGAAAACAGAGUUUGAUCAGCUUGACAAGAUUUUCAGAAUCCUUGGCACGCCAAAUGAGACUAUUUGGCCUGGGUUUUCCAAACUUCCUGGGGUUAAGGUGAACUUCGUGAAGCAUCAGUAUAACCUAUUGCGUAGGAAAUUUCCAGCUACAUCUUUCACUGGAUCUCCGGUUCUCUCUGAUGCUGGAUUUGACUUAUUGAACCAACUUUUAACUUAUGACCCUGAGAAGCGAAUAACAGCUGAAGAUGCUCUUAAGCAUGAGUGGUUUCGUGAAGUUCCUCUUCCCAAGUCUAAAGAAUUCAUGCCUACUUUUCCAGCUCAACAUGCACAAGACAGGCGUUUGCGAAGGAUAAUGAAGAGUCCAGAUCCUUUAGAGGAGCAGCGUCGAAAAGAGUUGCAGCAAGGGGAACUAGGGACUGGUGGUUUGUUUGGCUGAGAGAAAUGAGUGUGCCUGGAUGCGUUUGAUAUCUCCUUGUUUCAGUUUUUAACAGUUUAAGCAAAUUGACAUGGUUGAACCAUUGAGGUGAGAGCCAUACAUCCAAAGGAAGUUGCAAACAUUGUUUGGAAACAAUCAUUCAUGCUGAUUUUUAGCAGGCAUUCUUGAGGACCUGGAUGGAGAGGCAUAAUUCUUUUGCCUGUUGUGCAAUCAGACCUGUACCAGGAUGACUUUAUUUCUCAAGCUUUGGCUGUUAUAUAGAAAUGCACCUCUGACACUGCUUGCAUCGCAAGGUGUGGCAAGACGGCCUUCUUUUGAGAAGAAGUUUCAAUUGAAACUUGUGUAUGUAACAUAUUUUCAUUGGUACUUUGUAAACAAUUCUCUUAAAAUUUUUAAUUUGCUUUUGAAUAUUGGAGAAGUAUGGAUUUAAUACCUACAAUCAGUUAUACCCUUUUUAAUCAUCGUAUUGUGUUUGCAAGAGACGUUUGGUGUAAAGAGGAGGGCGCGUUCUUCGCUUUCAUUGACAAAGAAUUUGACUGAAACUAUUCCACUUUGAA